AAAAACGAAAUGAAAUUUAUGGUCAAGAAGUUGCAAAUGAAGUUCAAACAUUAAUUAUUUUAGCUAGAUGGAUUCAAGCGGAAAUUGAUAAGCUUUCCAAAAAGUAUCCAGAACCAUUGAUGGGUCAGUUGGAAAUUCUCAGCUUGGUGGUCGAACAACAAGCACCACUUUUAACAUUAGAUCUGGAGAAUGCAGGUGCUGAUAUUAUGAAAAAAGUAAGGAUGACACCAGAAGAAGGUAUUCCUGUUGAUGAUAUUAUUGAACUUUAUAGGGAGAUCCUUUCAAUCAAAAUAUUAUAUGAACAUCAUUGUAAUGGGUCUAAAUUUGCCUUUGGAAUUGAAGCAUGGUUUGGACCUUAUAUCAAAAAAUGGCUGGAUGCCACAAACAAUAAGACACCUGAAUGGUCUGCAAAAUUUAUGACUAAUCUAUCCAAGAUUAUUAGUAAAGCAUUAGAACAGUAUUGUUCUGUAAUAGAAGAAAUUUAUCAAAAUGAGAUGGCAGUGAUGAAGGAUCCUGAACAAGAAACUUCAAAGCAAUCUGCUUGGUAUGUCAAUGUGAAAACCGCAAUAGCUACACAAAAAUCUUGUAUUAAAUUAAACAAUAUUGAAGCCGCACGUGAACAAUUAGAUAAAUUAUACGACUCAAUGGGUGUUGACUAUUUAACACAAAUUCUUAAUGAGUCAACUCCUCCAACUCUGGAGCCAGUUGAAGUACCAAAAUAUUUUUAUACUAUCAAAAUUGUUAUGGCUGAAAACUUGGCAGCACUUGACAAUAAUGGAUUAAGUGAUCCUUAUUGUAUAAUUAGUGAUAAAGAUAAUAAUAUUUUAGCGCGAACACGUGUAAUUUAUGAAAGUUUAAAUCCUCGUUGGGAUGAGGCAUUCGAUUUAACUAUUGAUUCAACUGAUCAAAAUUGGCUUACAUUAACAAUCUGGGAUAGCGAUCAAGUUAGUUCGGAUGAUGAAUGUGGAAAAACCUAUUUUAAGCUUGAUCCUCAAGACUAUAGUGAUUACUUAGCUCAUGAUAUAUGGCUUGAUCUGGAUCCUCAAGGUCGUAUUUUUUUGCGUAUUAGCAUGGAAGGCGAAAAGGAUGAUUUGCAGUUUUAUUUUGGAAAAACAUUUAGAACACUAAAACGAGCACAUGAUGAUAUGGCAAGAACUAUUAUGUCUCCAUUUUUGCGACAAUGUUUAUCACGUGAAGUGAUUAAUAGAUUAUUAAGGCCUUCAGCCAGCGCUUUUAAACAUUUUUUUCGUGAAUCAGAUGUACAGACGAAGAAAUCAGAUUUAGAAAUCGAACAAGCAAUACACCCUUUGUUUGAUUAUUUUGAUGUAAAUUUGAAGACACUCUUUCAUUCAUUACAUCCGGCUGUGUUUAAAAUGGUUAUGACAAGAGUUUGGAAGGAAAUAGAAACCAUUCUUGAGGAAAUUCUAAUUCCUCCAUUAUCUGACAAGCCUUCAGAUUUAAAACCACUUAACGACGAAGAAUUAGAAGUUGUCUAUAAAUGGUUAAAGUUUUUGGGGGAUUAUUUACAUGCUAAUGGAAAUGGUGUUUCAAAGGAAGAAGUCCUUUUUAAUCUAAAAUAUCAUGAAAUAAUGAAAAUACAGUAUUAUUAUGUGAUGGACAAAGAAUCACUCAAGCAAGAUUUUCUUCAAAUAAAAAUUACCAGUUCAUUAAAUCCUAAAAAAAAAAGUCUUAGUGCGAGUAAAUCUGUCCUUCAUCAACGAAAUCUUGGUACAAUUAAGCAUCGCAAAUCAGAAAAACGUAAGCACAAUCAACAUGAUGACGGGGAAAUUAUUCUUAGAAUAUUGAGGAUGCAUCCGGGUACAAAAGCAUUUUUGAAAGAACAAAUGGAAGAAAGAGCUAAAAAAAUACAAUCCAAAAUUACUCCUGUAGUAGAAGGGGGAGUCGAUACUAUAGCAGAAAAUUGA